UGUCCCAAACAUUUUGUCAAGGCAUUUUAUUUGCCUAUAUCAUUAUAUAGCACUGCUAUGUAUGUAUAUGAAAUAAUAAUACAAUGAAAUGUGAGAAAUAAAUGUGGAGUAUAAAACUGAGAACCUCAAAUCAUUGAGUUAGGGGGAUGGGUCUUGACAGUAUUUAAAUGAGAACAUCUGUGUUGUGUAUUUCAGUUACUACAGCUUUCACUUCAGGUGUGCUCAGUUAAAACUUUUAUUGCUUUUAUUUUUGGUUUCUUAAUUUCCACCUUGUGAGUCUGAAAGUGAUAUGAAGUUGUAAGAUUUGGAUUGUAGACUUUAAGGCCAUGUUUGGAUACGAGAUGUACCUGGUUCUCAUCCUGAGUCAGUUUCAUUUUUUGACACCUUUGCAUCUUGAUUUCUAUCCCUGUGAAAACCAUAAUACUAACAAUGAAGUUUUAAAUGUCAACUGUCAGCGCAGACGUCUGGCUAAAAUCCCUAAAUUCGAAUCCCUCUCAAUCAUAUCACUCAACUUGGAUGAAAACCAUAUACGGCAAAUUAAAAGUGAUGCUUUCUCUGGCAUGCCCAAUCUGAUGCAUCUCAGUUUGAUGUGGAACUGUGUACCAGAUCUUUCCAAAGAGAAGAGGCGGACUUCGUGUGACCUAACAAUCCACCCUGAUGCAUUUGUCGGCCUUCAGAAACUAACCUCACUCCAUUUAGCAGGGAACAGCCUGAAGACCAUUCCUCCUCUUCCAGAACAGCUUGCAGUCCUGGGACUUGAAUUUAACAAUAUUUUUCAUAUUGAUAAACCUCUAGGUACACCACGACUGAAACACCUACUGCUAAGCAAGAACUGUUUCUACGCCAACCCGUGUUAUCAGUCACACUUUAUCGACCCCCUUGUGUUUCAAGAGCUUCCUGAACUUUCGAAUCUUACUCUGAGUUACAACAAUGUCACAAUUGUUCCCCCACAUCUUCCACUUUCACUAGAAAGUCUAGACUUGGGAGAGAACAAGAUCACUGCUAUUACUAAAGAAUCCUUUUUAAAUCUUACACGCUUGCGUCACCUUAACCUGGGGUGGAACUGCCAAAGAUGCGAUCAUGCUUCCGAGCCCUGUUUCCCAUGCCCAAACAACCAAUCCCUGGAUCUGCAUCAAAGUGCAUUUUCGGAUCAGAGAGACUCUUUAAUUAGUUUAAGUCUAAGAGGCAACUCGCUUCGAACUCUUCCUCGGUACCUCUUUGCUCAACUGCAGAAACUCCAGGAGCUCGAUCUAUCUGACAAUUUGUUGGCCUACACCAUACAGAAUGGCACCUUUUACGAGGAGCUCCGUAGAGUUGUGUCCCUCAAUCUUCUUUAUAACUAUGAGCCCCUGAACACCUUCUCCGAAUUGAUCCUAUCACCCUCCAUAAAGAAGAUGACAGCCCUUAGAGAGUUGUAUCUGAGUGGAUUAUUCUUCAGAGUGCUAUCAAACCACAGUCUCGCACCUCUAUCCAAACUGCCGAGACUCGUGUAUCUGGAGUUACGUAUGAACUUUAUCUGCUCUGUUAACGUCAGCGCAUUCAGCCAGCUGAGAACAUUAAGGAGAGUGGGCCUUUCCCAAAACAUGCUUGCAUUUAAUCCAUGUAUUCCAUUUUGCAUGUCGAAAGCUAUCCCGAAAUACCUAUCCCACCGAGGACAUCAAAAACACGAACUUGACCUACAGUUUGAAAAACUCAGUCUACCUAACACAGAACUGUGGUUGAACACUGUGCUGAGCUCCAAAGGGGGGGACUACUGUCCCUUAUAUUAUUCAAUGUGGCAUUUAAAAAAAGAAAUAUGCUCUAAACACCUGAUGUUUGAUCUGUCUCAAAACAACAUCCCAUGGCUGAAUUCAAGUACGUUUAUAGGCAUGGAAGAGGCUGUAUGCAUAGAUCUGUCCUACAACUACAUCAGUCAAUCGUUAAAUGGCCAGCAGUUCUCACAUCUAAGCAAACUAGCAUACCUUAAUAUGGCACACAACCGCAUUGACCUGUACUCCGACAGAGCGUUCCAGGAGCUCAGUGACACCCUUCAAGUUCUUGACCUCAGUAAUAACGAAUUCCACUUUGCAAUGAAGGGUAUGGGACAUCGCUUCACAUUCCUGUCCCAUCUGUCUUCUCUUCAAAUGCUGAGUCUAGCCAACAAUCACAUCGGUCUUCGAAUCUCUAACAUUCUAAAAAGUAAUUCGCUGAAAUCUCUUAUUUUCUCUGGAAAUCGUUUGGACAUAAUGUGGGACUCUAGGCGUAAUGAAUACACAAGUUUCUUUCAGGGUCUUACCAACCUUACGCACUUGGACAUUUCUGAAAACAAGCUAAAAUCGUUUUCUCCGGAAGUAUUUGUCAAUUUGCCUCCGACGCUCAGGGUGCUACGGGUGGAUUCCAACAUGCUUAGUUACUUCCCUUGGGGGAACAUUUCAGCUCUCAAAGACCUCUGCUACCUAAAUCUAAGUGAAAACAUGCUUUCAUUCUUACCCAGUAAUCAUUUUGAGCUCAAUCUCAUAAGUCUGGACUUAAGUCACAAUCGACUAAUUGCCAUACCAAGGGCUUUUUUUAGUCGGGCUAAAUAUCUCAAAGACCUAAUGCUUAACCACAACCAGCUGAAAUUCCUCAAUGUGCAAGCUCUUCCCUGGUCAUUCCAUAAAACACAUACAAUCUGCGGUUCUGAAAAGCAUAAAAACGCAUCCUGCAAACUUGUGCUGCAUGCCAAUCCAUUUACUUGUAGUUGCGUUACAUCUGAGUUCGCCAAAUUCCUGAGAGAAACCAAUUUAAAUGUCCCACAUCUCACCACACACAUUCACUGUGCCUAUCCCGAGUCACUGGCUGGUGUGAAUGUCCUCUCGAUAGAUCUCCGCUCAUGCCAGGAAGUAUAUGGGAGCUUCGCUUUUCUGUGUACGUCACUGUUGACAUUGGCAGGGACGAUCAUUCCCCUUCUGAAGCAUCUCUACGGUUGGGACCUGUGGUACUGCAUCCAGAUUCUGUGGACUGGACACAAGGGACACACUCCAGCUAAUGGUAACACAUCAGAUAGCCACUAUGAUGCAUUUGUUGUUUUUGAUACAAGUGACAAGGCGGUCAGAGACUGGAUCUACAAUGAGAUGAUUGAGAGAUUGGAGCACAGGGGUAGAUGGCGCUUCCGACUAUGCCUGGAGGAACGCGACUGGCUCCCGGGAGUUUCGUGCAUAGAGAAUCUCCACAAGGCGGUUUACAACAGCAGAAAGACAGUGUUUGUCCUGACCAGCCCUAGUGGCUAUUCUCAAGCGAGUGGAGUGGUGAAACAAGCCUUCCUCCUGGUUCAGCAGAGGCUUCUAGAUGAGAAGGUAGAUGUUGCUGUUUUGGUUCUGCUAGACCUUCUCUUCCCCAAAUUCAAAUAUCUUCAAAUGAGAAAACGGCUCUGCAAAAAGUCUGUUUUGUCCUGGCCCAGGAACCCACGAGCGCAGCCUCUAUUCUGGAAUAAUUUAAGUGUUGCCCUUCUCUCUGACAAUGUGAGAGAAUACAACAAAAACGUCACAGAGAGCUUCGUCUGAAAGCCUAAAAAUGACAACUGAAAGUCUAGAUUAAAAAGCUGUAGUGUUGCGCAUCUAUAACAUAACUUGUGCGGACCUGUGCUAUAGUUUGACCUGUUGUUUUCUGCACAUUGAAUAUCGUAUGUAGAAUUUGUAUAUGUGUUUACCAUUUACCAGGAUAAUUUAAUUUAUUUUCUUGAGUAAUUGUAUUUCAUUGCUGUAGUUUUAUUUUAUGGACUUUAUACAAUAAGGUUUCAUUUAUUACCAAGAGUUAACAUGAACUAACAAGUAACAUUACUUUCGUCAUUUAUGUUGAUUUCGACAUUUAUUUUGACAUUAAAAUCAUUCAACUUUUUUCCAUGAAUGUUGUGCUGAUUUACAAGGAAUUAUAGCAUGAACAAUUUUAUUUUUCUUAAAUAACAUUAACAAACAUUAAUAAAUGGCAUUUAAGUAUGCUGUUUAUUGUUAGUUCAUAUGUUAGCUAAUGCUUUAAAUUAAACUGUUAAUACAUCCUCACUGUAAAGUGUUAAAUUUACCUUUAGUUCAUCAUUCAAACAAACGAUUAUCAAUAUUUCCGCCCACACACACUUUCAUUUAGGCUUAAACAGUCAUGUUUCACAGAUCAUAACUUUAUGCUUUUAUUUUUACAUUUACAGUUUCAUUUUAAACAGAAAAAAUACUCAAAGAAGUUUUUGUAAUAAUGUCAUGUAAUAAUUCAGCUGUGUGAAAAGAUAUCUUAAGUGUCAGUAGGCCUGUAAAUGCAAACUAUAGAUAUCAUAUCAUCAGUGAAAGACAAACAUGAGAAAUUAAGCAUUAAAAGAGGAAAUUAGAAAGACUGUGAGUGAGAUUUCAGAGUUUUAUGUAAUGAGGAACUAUUAGCACCUGUUGAACCACAAAAUACACAUACAUUACGCACAACUCUUAUCAGCCUUCUUUUCAUUUUGUUUUAAAUCAUUUUUCAAGCGUACUCAGUUCUUCAGCUUAUCUAAGAAUAUGGGGUGACCAGAUGUCCCUCUCUUCUGUGGACAGUCCCCAUUUUUGGUUGCAUGACUGAAGCAGUCUGAUGAAUGUCCCUGAUUACUGUAUGUUCAAAAGAGACCACAAAGGAAAAUAAUAUCUGUGGUCACAGAUGGUUUUCAUAGUUUUGCUUUUUUGGAUGCGAGAGUUCUGGUGUUCUCAAAAGGCUUAGGUUGAUCAGCAAGACUUCCUCAGUCAACCAACAUCACUAGAAAGAUUGCACUCGCUUUACUAAACAAAUUCUUACAUGAUUUAACACUAUGUAACAAACAAGAAAAACAUGAAGCCCUGCUGGUAUAAGAUAAGGAUUAGGUGUGCUUUUGAAACAAUAAGGUUGUGUAACACAAAUUGCAUUUGGAAGCUGGUAUAAUUCACAAAUGAGUUUAAAUGAGGCCUGAAAGAUGGAGUGUUAUGGAGAAGAAUAAAUGCAGUUGAGGAUAACCAAAACAGAAAAACAAAAUGCAGAUAUUUUCUCAAAGUAAACAAAGACAUGUAAAACUU